AUUAUAAUAAAAUAAUAUGUCUAUAGUUAUUGAUGUUAGUAACAUUAAUAAAAAGAAAAAAAGCCAAUAAAAGUUUGCUAACGUUGAAUAAUUUUAACUAACAAUAUGGUAGAUAUUUCUUCAGUCAGAUAGUGCCAUGAUACGAAAGCUGACGGACUGGGUAUUGGCUGUCUUAACUCUUAUGUCUAUGGCAUUUAAAAAAAUAUCUGGAUUCUGGUCUUAAUUAUACGAAAAUGAAUAAUAAUUUAUGUAGAAUAUGUUUGGAAAAAGGACUGUUGUCAUCUAUAUUUUUAAAAAACUAUAACAAUAUAUACAUCCGUGAUAUGGUACAAAUUUGCAGCAAUGUUAUGGUAGAACAUAGUGAUGGAUUAUCUGAUCAAAUUUGUAGUAACUGUAUUUACAAAUUGGAAAUUGCAUAUCAUUUUAAACAAACUAGUGAAAGCUCUGAUUUACAAAUGAGACAACAUUUGGGACUAGAACUGUCAAGAAAAUAUAAAGAUGCCAGUAUAAUGACUGAUCCAAUGGUUCUUCAGAAGACUACAUUAAUAAAGAGAUGUAAUAAAUGUAAGCCAGAGCAAAGGAAAAGGUGUCGAAGGAAACCAGACUCUGAAAAAAUGCGACGUGGCCCGAAACCAAAACCAAAAAAAGUACACAAAUGUACUCAAUGUCAUAAAGAAUUCAGAUGUCAGACACAACUUGAUAUGCAUGUUAGAACACAUACUGGGGAUAAGCCAUUUGGUUGUAUGUUUUGCCCUAAACAAUUUGCACAAAAACAUAAUCUCACAAUACAUUUACGUAUACACACAGGGGAAAAACCAUAUCAAUGUGAAAUGUGCAGUUUAUUGUUUCAGUGCGUUAGUAAAAAAUUAAUUUUAACUUUUAGCAAAACAUUCUCGACUCAAGGGAAUUUAUCUGUACACUUAAAAACACAUACAGGUCAAAAGGAUCAUAUAUGUGAAGUAUGUAAAAAGGCAUUUGUUACAUCAAGUGAAUUAAAUAGACAUAUGACAAAACAUACAGGUUUUAAAAAAUUUAAAUGUGAUCUGUGUGAUAAAGGAUUUACCCAAAAAAGAGAAUUGAGACUACACAAAAUGAGAAAACAUACAGUGUCUAAUGAAGCAGAUGAUCAAAGGGAUAACUUUAAUACAAUAGACAUUGUUAAUGUUGAUGAUGUUAAAAUAUUGCCAUCAACAUCUAAAGAUUCCACACAUUGUAAGAGUGAUGUAAACUUAACCAUCAAAAAUCAAGGGUUAUAUUUAUUUAGCCACUCAGUAUUUGGACAAACUUUAACUUAAGUUCCAUUAAGUUCAAUAAACUUUGAGCAUAUAAAUAAGUUAAGUAACAGUAGUAAAAAAAUGGUGUUUUAAUGUUUUAUAAUUAAAUUAUAAAGAUUAAUUUAACUAGAGUAUGGAAUAAGAAGCACAUUAUAGUUUGUUUUAUUUAUUUCAACAUUUAUGCUAAACAAUUAUUAAAUACAUCACUAAAUC